UCAAAAUGUCCAAAUUCCAGUCGUAACCGCUGCCUUCCUCUUCCCCAAAUCCCGUGCUAACCCAAAAUAGGGUUUCUCGCCACCGGCAGCGGGAUGGGCCGCAACUCAGCGGAGCACCGCCGUCAGUGCCAUCCGCGGCUGCAUGCCCCCGAGGAUACGGCCUCGCUGCCGAUCCCCGACGAGCUCCUCGCUGAAAUCUUCGUUCGCCUGCCCACCCCAGCCGACCUCGUCCGCGCCUCCGCCGCCUGCGUCUCCUUCCGCCGCGUCGUGGCCGACCGCUACUUCCUCAGGCAGUUCCGCAAGCUCCACGCCCCGCCCCUCCUCGGCUUCCUCGGUCCGCACACCGGCUUCGACCCCGCCGAGCCGCCUCACCCCUCCGCGUCUGCGGCCAGCGCCAUCGCCCUCGCCGCCGACUUCUCCUUCUCGUUCCUUCCGGCCCCCGACCCCGCUCACCACUGGGUUGUCUGGGACGUCCGCGACGGCCGGGUACUCCUCCGCGGAAUGCCCCUGGAACAGAGACGGUGGUGUGCGACCCUUUGCACCGGAGGCGGCGAUGAGGACGAUGAGCCAACAACAACCGCUGAAGAGACGGCAUUCAGGGUGAUCUGGAUGGGGCACUGUGAAGAUAAGCUCAUCACCUAUGUCUUUUCUUCCAGCACCAGACAAUGGCAAGCCAUUCGAUCCCUUACCUGGACCGAUUUGUCAGCUGGCUCGCUAUCAUCGACAGAGACGGCACCCUUCUGCCGGCGCCAAUACGCGUAUGGCUGCUUUUACUGGCUGCCAAAUUCCAAGCACACAAUAAAAAUGUUGGUGCUCAACACCCGUAAGAUGGAGUUCUCCGUUGCUGAACCCCCAACCGAACCCAAAGUUUGUUACAGACAUAUAACCAUGGUGGAGGCAGGAGAAGGCAGGCCUGGGCUGGUUGUCCUUACAUACGGCCCACGUGGCCACAUUUAUACCAUUUGGAGAAACAAUAAUGGGAGUUCCCGCCAAUGGCAAAAGGAUAAGGUAAUCCCACCCUCACCGGGAUCUGGGUACGUGCUCAGACAGUCGAUGGGGACACAUUUGCUUUUGAAUCACUGGGGAUGCUCAUCCUUCGACGAAGAGUUAUGCACGGACUUGCGCACGUUGGACAUGAAGACGUUACAGAUUGAGAGAGUGUGUGCUUCCACAGUGCAAAGCUUCGCAUAUAGCAACCAUCCACCAUCGUUGUCGUCACUGACAAUAUCAAAUGGUAAACUCUCUGUUGCUUGCUCUUCAUUCUCCUCACAUAUAGCUUGUCUGAUGCUUGGUAGUUGGCUAUGUUCACUGAUUCUCAUUUACACGUCUCGUAGUUGUUAAUUCUUUUGUGCUUGUGAUAGAGCUGAUCGAUCAGGCUUAGGAACAUUAUUGUGAUUUGUUUGUUAGUCUGUCCUAAAUGCUACUUUAAUAGGACACAAGAAAAGAUGUUGAACAUGACGAGUACCAUUUUGGAGGCAUCAUGGAUUCAUAAAAAACGCUAGAGCACGAUUAUCAUUUUGGCGAAAAUUGUUGUCGUCGUCAAGCUAAUCUAGAAGGAAUACAAGUCUAAAAUUAUUUUCACUUCCGGAUUGUUUCAACUUGGAAACAAUCGUUGCAGGUAGCAGGAGUUUAUUUAUCUCUUUUGAUAGAUAUAAUGAGACAGAGAAGUCGCGUUUUGUUCAUCUUUACACCUACAAAUCCAUUUAUCAUAAUGACUCCAGAUAAAUAUAAGCAGGCAUAGCUGGUAUGGUUGCAAAUAAACACCCAAGCAAUUUCUACCACUAAUGCAUCUCCUGUGUAUAUUGUGAGUAUAAUUGAAGGGGCGAGCUUGAUUAAUUUCUCGAGGGUGUUGCCAUGCAAAUAGCGAAAAUUGACUGUCAAGAUAAAUUAGAUGCAGGGCAACCAUGUUUUUACAUAGUUUAAAGUUUUGAACUUGUUGCCUAUCGUUCAAGGCGCAUGCUGAAUGCAAGUAGUUUUUUGAUUGUCACUACAUAGACCUGAGUUUCUAUUCCUAGAAACUUGGUACGCUACUAGGUAAUUUAUUAAGUCCUGCACGAGAAGCCACCAUUUCUUUUAUGACUUCUAAGUUCUGCUGUGAUCAUUUCUAAAUGAUUGCAUGCCUUUGUGUUGUUAUGUAUUUACUCUUGUGCUGCAAAUUACAAUGUUAAAAAAACAAAAUUGAAUGUUUGAGGUCAAUACUGCUAACUGGAACAUUGGGGAAAAGAGUUCCAGACGAUUUUCCAUGCAUCAUGUUGUGUUGUUUGGUUCAAGACCUUAAUAUUUUAUCUCAGCUAUUCUGCUAGCUUCUUCAUGUGUUUCCUCCUAAGUAAUUUUCCAACUUGUUACCCAAUAUAAAGACCAAGGUUUAUUCCUUUUAGCUAACAAGUUUCUGAAGAUCUGAACUUUUGGUGUGCAUAAUUUCGACAAAUCAGACGGUUAUUGAGGAGGAGGUAAUGGAACAAGGCGCGGAGACGCUGUAAGCUGAAGGGCGCGUAGAUGGCCAUCACGAUGAGAGUACUGCCGAUCAUGCGGAUGCUGGAGGUCAGGCUGAUGUGUUGAGGGUUGGAGAUGGUGCCUAUUAAGGCUGUGCUGUAACUUGAAAAUAGGCUCGUGGUAUGUAUGUAGUAGGGUGCUUUUGCUUGUAAUAUGGUAUGUAUGUGUUGAUGGUGUGACUGCUACAUAAGGUGGUGAGAGCAUAAUAGAUGUUUAUUUUCUGUGCAAUUAGUAUGCUGAUUAAGGCUCUGUACUAGUGUCCGUCAAAAAAAUUAGUGAGGUAUUUGGAAUUAAUGUAAA